AUGGCAGACAUAGAUCAAUACAUACUGGACGACAGUGAUAUCGCAUUUGAGUAUGAGUUACAGAAAUCGCCAAGCGUGGAAGUGUGGCAACGUUAUAUAGCACAUUGGGAGGCACAAGUUUGCGAGGAUGGUGUGCGGUCUGCAAGGCAUAUUUUGUGGUUAUACGAGCGUAUGGUGACCCAGUUUCCAACGUUGACCGUUUGGGAACAGUAUAUCGGUUGGUUUAGGCGGCAGUACAAGCUGGAUCAGUACCUAGAUACUUUUAAACUAUAUGAGCGAUGUAUAAACUCAGUGAAGGGCCCCUUGGGUGUGUUUGCAGUUGAGGUGAUGCUUUUCUGCAUAAGCACGUUCGAUCUUGAUAUUAUUAUGAAAGGCUUGCAGCUGGUACUACACAGGUGUAAUAAGGACGAAGUAGAGCGUAUUUGGAAUAUAGUACUGGGAUUUGCCCUUGAGCAUGUUUUGCCCUCAGAAGAAGGCCCUAAUAAUAUCGAUUUUUCAGCUUUUAAUGAUAGAAAUUACGAAGAUUUACGAUUAGACAUCUAUAAAUUAUUAUUUCUAGGCGGUGACCAGACAGAAAUUGAAGACGAUGAGGAGGAUGAAGAUGUAGAUAAGUGGACAGCCAGCCUAUUACGAUAUUACUUGCAGGUAGCGAACGAAGAUAAAUAUGAUGAAACUCUAAGGCUGCUGAUCAGAACAAAAGAUAUCAAGAUAAUAAAAGAAUGUUUUGACCUGUAUAUAUUCAACGACAAAACCGGUAAGAAUAACAGAGAAUCCAAGAAAGAAUAUGAUUUUGAUCUGUACAUUUAUUACCUUGAUACCCUUGACAAAUUACGUCUCGAUAAGGAUUAUAAAAGUGUUUUUGAUAAUUUAUUAGAAAAAUAUCCACAGCACCGAGUCUUACUGACAUUGAAAUUGGCUGACUUCCAUAUGAAAAGAGCUGACUUCGAUAAAAUGGAGAAGGUUUUGACAAAAGCACUAUCAGAGACGGUGAAAACUAAUGAAUUCAUCGCUAUUUAUACCUAUCAUGUAAACUUUGAACAAGCCUAUGUGGAGACUAUCUUUGAUGAAAUGAGAGAUGACCCUGAAAUUCAAGUACAAAAGAAAUGGAAAUCAGAAAUGGAUGAUCACUUGAUUAUUCUUGGUGACCUGACCAGCAGGUACCACUUGUUGGUCAAUGAUCUGAAGAUCCGUCAAAAUCCAAACAGUGUUAGUAACUGGCUUGAGCGAACCACGUUAUUUGAAGAUUUUGAUAAAAAAUGUGAAGUCUUUGUGGAAGCAAUAAAGACAAUUGAUCCCAUCAAGGUUAAAGACAAAGAGUACGGUAUGCUCGGUAAGCUAUGGUGCGAUUAUGCAAAGGUUUAUUGGAGUAAUAAAAGUUAUGAAGAAGCAAGAACUAUUUAUGAAAGCGCUACCAAAGUUCCAUUUCCAGACUUACAAGACCUAGAGAUAGUCUGGCAUACUUGGGCAGUUAAUGAGUUCCAGAUACACAAUAUAGAGAGGGCACUAAAGAUACUAAGAAAAGCUCUUACAGUCCCCCCAUCCUACGAAAGUAUAAUUGAUCGGUUUAAAUCAGAAAAUAGAAGGUUACCAUCACAGACAAUACUGUUCACUUCAAAGAGGUUAUGGAAUUACUACAUUGAUCUUUUGGAAUCGAUUCCUACCAUCGAUGCAAAUGAUGUAAUCCGUGCAUAUGAUACAUUAAUGACUUUAAAACUUAUCACUCCAGUAGGCAUUCUCAACUAUGCGACAUUUCUCAAGCAAAAUAACAAUUUACACGGUUCCCUUCAAGUCUAUGAGAAGGGAAUCAACAUGUUUCCUCCUGAAAUAUGCUACGAGCUGUGGACGUUGCUGCUUGACGAAGUCAUGGAACCAGCACAUCAGGCUACUAAGGAACGUAUAAGAGAGCUAUUUGAGCAAUGUUUACAACAACUAGGCAACACUGACAUUAAUAUCAAUAGCAUAUAUGUCAAAUAUAGUGAUUUUGAGAUUCACAAUAAGCUAUUCUCAAGAGCUAUUGAUCUACUGAUGAGCGGUGCCAGACGGCCGUACACCAACAAAGAGCAAUUGAAACAAAGAGUUGACUUGUGGGAAUCAGCUAUCUCCAAGUGCGAGGAAUUCCUUGGCCCUGAUAGCUUACGUCAAUUAUUAUCUGAAUGUAUACAAGAACUACCAAAUUCCAAGGCUAUCACAUAUGUAUUGAAAUUUACCAAACUAGAAAUGAGUCUAAGCGACUACACUAGAGCAAGGGAAUUAUUGCAGUAUGGAGCGCAACUUCUUCCGCCAAUAAAAAAUGAAGAACUUUGGGGUCUUUGGGAGCAAUUUGAGUUAGAGCACGGUGACAAGAGUUAUUACAAGGAAAUGCUACUGUUGAAACAAAAGCUUGAAAAGGAAAUGAAGGUCGACACAGAAGAGGUCAGUAAAGGACAAGGUAAUGUCCAAUUUGUUGCAUCCUCUGUUAAAAAUCAAGAGGCUAAGACUAAUCCAGAUGAAAUUGAAAUCGAUAUAUAA